AUGGCAAAAAUCAUCGACAACUGCUGGCCACCAUUUUUGCUGAACCGAAACAAAAUCACCUGAAAAGGCUAAUGCUCUUUCUUCUUAACCGCUGACUAUGUCCUUUCCCGCCGCUCUUUCACCGCCGUCCCUCUUCUCCAUACCUCAAUACCAUUUUCAACCGCUAUUUUCAAGCUCUCGAACCUCGCUUCUCUCCCAUCCCUUCCAAAUCUCUCACACGCUCCUCCGGGCUUCCAGAAGACCCUCCAAUUUCUCUCAGGGAGUCGAUAAUUUGGUGGAUGAUCGGCGCAAUUGGAACCGCCCGAUUAGCUCUGACUUCGACAUAGUCGGUGGAGAGGACGACGAGGAGGACGAGGAGGACGAGGAGGAUGAGGAAGAGGAUAGAAGUUUGGAUCUAUUGGUUCGAUUUGUUGAAAAUGUUUUCAGGAAGGUCUCGAAGCGAGCCCGGAAGGCUGUGAGAUCGGUUCUUCCCCAAUCCAUCCCCACCAAACUGGUGGGAUUUUCUGUCAAUGGGGUGCUAAUGCUCGCGUUUUUGUGGGUCUUGAAGGCAUUUCUUCAGGUGAUAUGCACACUUGGAACUGCAGUGUUUGUGAGCAUACUCAUUAUCCGUGGAGUGUGGACUGGCAUCUUAUAUCUACAAGAUAUCCGUAGCCACCGAUUCGAUCAACUCGACAACGAGCAGCAUCAUGCCUGGACUGGUGCACAGCCUGCAUCCUGAAUUCCCCUUCGCAGUUAACUCCUUACACUUUACAAGGUUAGUGAUGCCCAAAAAAAAACAAACAAAAAAAAACAAGAAACAAAAAAAGACAAAAAGAAGAAGAAGAAGACAAGAAUCUUAUUUUGGAUAUGAGCUGGAACUUUUACUAUAAUAAUUUUCUACAGAAAGGGAGUAAAAUAUUUGAAAAUUUGGAGAUCAAAAUAAAAUGAGUAUAAAAGUUCAAAUAUGGGAGGAGAAUUUAAACCAAAAAGCUAGUCUCUAUACUUAAUUUUGGCACUGUAGCUUUCUCCUGACUAUCAGAGAAAGCAACACUCUUUUUUUUUUGUCCUUUUUUUUCUUCAAUGCUUAAAAAUUGCAGGGGUAGCCCAUGCUGUAAUAUUAUGAGGAGACAAAUUUAGUAUACUAUUUUGGUUGUAAUUUCAUUUUUAAAAAUAUUACUUUGGUUAUUGAAGGCUCGUUUAUUUUUUGUU